AUGGCAUCCGCACACGACAUCAUCAUGUCCUUCGUCACCGGAUCUGCGCCUAGCUCGCUAGCCGCGAGGAUGGCUCAGGAAGACACACCACCACCAACGCGAACCAUGCCCACUCCAGAAGACGCCAAUGCCAACUCCAAGCCACCAUCACCACCACUACCACGUGGACCUCAGGCUCAUACCACAAAUGCCCUCGGCCUAAAAUACAUCAGCAUCAAAGCCAUCGCGAUGCCACCCCGUCCAGGCCUGAUCCCAGGCCUAACUCCCCCAGCCCCCGUCCUAGGGACUUUCCCUUUCGGCGACACUGAAGACCACCCGCACAGCAUGCUGAUCCACUGGCUGGACGAUCUAGAGUACACUUACGCCAAAGCAACGCGUCUGUACGUCAAGAUGUUCCCUGAUGACAACGUUUCCGAUGAGGCCCUUAGACGCCGCCACAUCCGGUCUCUAGAGCGGUUGCUAAAGCGGUACGGGAAAAAGGACGAGUCACAGAUUGGGGCUGUGGAUAGGAUAGUUCAGAAUAGAGGAAAGCCUAGGAAGGGUAGGAAGAGCACGGAUGCUGAGGCUGAGGAAGAAGAGCCUGCUGCAGGUAAGGAUGUGGGAGACGCGCAGGAUCCCGCAGCUUCUUCCUCUCAGCCACAGGAAAGCAAGCAGUCCGCUAAUUCUAAUAGGCAGUCGCGCCGCGAGACUAAUAAUCUCAAGACUCACCGCUUCGAGAAGACGUGUAUUGUGGUCUGGCGCGACGUGGAUCAUAUGUCUUUUAGAGAUAUUCGCGAGAAGCUGGAGAGGGAGCGUGGGUGGUCAAUUGGGGCGCCCACGGUUAAGAUGUAUUACAGCCGGGCGAGGGCCCAGGUUUGGGGGAUUGGGGAUGAGGGUGAAGGUGAGGCUGAGGCCGGAGAUGAGGGAGAUUCGAUGGAGACGUGA